AGGUGAUCAGCUGGUAGUGUUCUUGGUUUGUUAGUAGGAGCUUGUCUUUGUCUUACCACGAUGUGCGCUUGUGUUGACGAUUGUAAGAAGGUGCUCAGUUGCUGGGGUCCCGUGAAGGCUAAUCCCAAGCAGUAUGGGGAGAUUAUUCUUCAACGGUCAAUUGUUCUCCCCAUCUAUAUCCUCAGCUUGUUUGAGACCCAUCCAGGUGUUCAGAAGCUCUUCCCAAAGUUUGCUGACCUUUCCAAAGAGCAGCUGCAGAGCAAUCCUGACCUCCAGGCCCAUGGUGAAAUUGUUGUCUGCAAGCUGACAGAAUAUAUGCAAAAACCAGAAGAUCAGUCCCUUGUGCAGGAGCUGGGAAAAAGUCACGCCGAGCAGCACAAGAUCCCUCGGGCCAACUUUCAGAUAAUCAGUGAAGUGAUUGUUAUGGUGGCAGCAGAGAAGAUUGACGGCUUUGGCACUGAUGCUCAAACCGCCCUGAAGAAUGUACUGAAGGAGUUUCAGACGGCCAUGGGAGCUUGCUAUGAUAAGCUAGGAUUUGACCCAUGAUUUUGUGUAAGCAGUCUUGAUAGGAUGGUGUUUGAGCUCCUGUAUGAAUAAAAUUACUUUAAAGUGAA